AUGUCUUUAAGACAACAUAUUCACCGAGAAUAUGCAUCUGCAUACCUUGCGCAAGAAAAGAAACGAAGAUACAAACCCGGUACUGUGGCGCUACGCGAAAUUCGGAGGUAUCAGCGGUCAACUGAUUUGUUGAUAUCUAAAUUACCAUUUGCGCGAGUUGUUCGUGAGGUGGCAGAUGAAUUUAUCGAAGAGAACUACGAUUCGAGUGCUAGCGCGGUGGGCCUUCGUUGGCAAAGCUCUGCGAUUUUGGCUCUGCAAGAAGCAACAGAGGCAUAUCUUGUACAUCUAUUUGAGGACGCCAAUCUUUGUGCGAUCCAUGCUAAGCGCGUUACGAUAAUGCAGCGUGAUAUUCAACUAGCUCGGCGCAUACGAGGAGUAUGGGGCGGUAUUGGAUAA